AUGAAUUUCUACUACGCUUUUGAUGCCGACGGUCGAGGCAAAGGCCAGGCGCCGAUGAUCAAGACCGGGUUUUGGGUCGGAUAUCAAGCCUCCACGAACAACUCUGUCAUCAACAUUAAUCGCACGUCUGAGAUUGCAGUGCGCGUGGGCAAUCUAACCGGCGCACCGUCGGGGGGUAACAACGGAUGUGACGGUGUCUGGGGUUCGGCUUGCUCGACCGACCUCAAGACAUACCUGCAGGAGACUAUACUAGAGUAUGUGCAGAAUGCCGACACAUACACCAACCCUCUUAGCAACGUGCUCCAUUCGUUCCGUUCAACCCCGCCGAUUUUACCCAACUGUCCGCCCACGUUGUUUGAGGUCCAGAAUAUCCCUGUUAUAUCAUUCGUGUCGGAAGACGAAGAUACCAAACAAGCUUAUGUCAAGACUCAUGGAAAUCCUGACAGUCCAUGGGAGUCAUGGUUUAUUGAUGAUAUGUCCGCUAGUGAUCAGGCCCAACAAGUUGCUGUUGGAAUACUUGGCCGUGUUCCGGCGGAGACUGCACCCAAGCCGGAGGAGGAAAGCGAAAUACAAAUUGAGCUUGUCUGCGCUCGCGCACCAUCCCAAGGAAGUUCAUCGAGCGACGGUUGA